GAAACACAUGAGUGACCUUCUUGAAGUUGUCGAAAACCAGAAGGCGAGCGGUCGGACCAACGUUGGACGGAAAAGACGGUUCACAAAAUGAAUACACCUCCAGUUCAUAAGAAACCCAAAAUUGAAAACGAAGAAGAAAUAGAAAUAGAAAAAGUGAAUUCUAAUUGGAAUAAUGGAAUGGAAGAAGAGAAUAGAAUAGAGCAAGAAGAAGCACUUGUUGCUCUCAUUGAACAUCGUGCUAAGGAAGUUGAACAUCUUCGUCAACGCAUCACUUAUUAUAAAUCUCAGUUUGAUCAAGCAGAGAAGAGGCUAGAGGAGACACAGGUGAAAUUAGCUCGUCUUCGGGGCCGAGAGAACAUAGCAGCAUCCACAAGCUCCCGUGUGAACGGAACGAGUUCAGUGACAGCCAAAAGAAGAUCCACAAGUCCCAUUCGAAGAAGUGAGGGCUCUUCUCAUAGCUUGUCUGAAUCUAAACCACAACGUAUCCAAGACAGCAAUGCACCGCGUAGGAAUUCUCCAGUGCCAGAUCGGAAAAUGCCAAGCCCUUUCCAGAAAAAUGAAUAUAAUUCUCGCAGUGUGCCCCAGGGGAAACCACCACUUGUCAUUCCCGAUGUGAAACCAAGAGUAUCUCAACCUUUGAAGAUGAUGGAAUCUGGUGCUAAAAUCUCAAGAGCUUCUGAUUCUCAGGCUAGUGGAUCAAGGUUAAAAGAAGAUAAAAGUCACAGAACACCUGAGAAGGAAGCUUCUGAAAUUCAGCCUAAAGGAACAAAAAGGAAGUUUGAGCAGAAAGAGCAUAGAGAGCUGAUACCAUUGAUAGGUAGCUACUCUUCAGCAAGCAUGAUACGCUGCCAGACGUCCUGUGUCAUAUCUAGUCAACACAAAAGAAAGAUGAGAACAAUUAUUUCGUGUCCUACAAAUGAUCAACUUUUUGCAAGCAGUGCGUUGGACGGGAUUGUCAACUUAUGGCAGGUACAUGGCAGAGGGUCAACGGCUAAUCUUCUUAGUUCCACUGAUUGCCUUUCAUCCAAGCAUAGGAGAUGGCCAGAAGAUGUAGCCUGGCAUCCAGAAGGCAAUAGUCUUUUUUCGGUUUAUAGUGCGGAUGGUGGGGAUUCUCAAGUUUCAAUCUUGAAUCUUAACAAAGGAAAAGAGGUAAAGAUGAAGCGUGUAAGUUUCUUGGAGGAGAAGCCUCACGUUAAAGGGAUAAUCAACAAUAUAAUCUUCACUCCAUGGGAAGAUAUCCAUUUUGUUACUGGUGGUAGUGAUCAUGCAGUUAUCAUGUGGAGCAACAAGGAUGGAGAAAAUUCAUGGAAACCUAAAGCAUUACAUAGAAGCAUGCAUUCUUCUGCAGUGAUGGGAGUUGCCGGUUUGCAGCAUAAGAAAAUUGUGAUGUCUGCUGGAGCUGACAAGCGGAUCAUUGGAUUUGAUUUGCAAGCUCAAAGAGCAGAAUACAAGCAUCAAAUAGAAAAUAAAUGCAUGAGUGUUCUACCUAAUCCGCGUGACUUCAAUCUCUUUAUGGUUCAGACAGGGACUAUAGAGAGACAGCUUCGCUUAUUUGAUUUUAGACUGAGGCAGACAGAGGUUCAGGCCUUUGGGUGGAAGCAAGAAAGUAGUGACUCACAGUCGGCUCUUAUAAACCAGGCUUGGUCGCCUGAUGGCUUGUACAUAACAUCUGGGUCGGUUGAUCCAGUCAUCCACAUUUUUGACAUAAGGUACAAUUCACACAAACCUUCUCAGUCCAUUAAAGCCCAUCAAAAGCGAGUUUUCAAAGCUGUUUGGCAUCAUGCGGUCCCGCUCCUUAUUUCUAUAUCUUCUGAUUUGAACAUUGGAUUGCACAAAAUCAUUUGAGGUGCUGAGAGAAGCAUUACUAUUUCCAGUCAUUUUCCCCAUAUGUCUGGGGAAUUUGUUUGUGAGAAGCUUAUGUCUCGAUGCCUUAGACCAAAAGAAACUCUUGGGCAUGGUCUAUGAUAUGGAAAGAUGAUCACGUGAGGAAAUCUGAAGGGAAAUGCCGAUGAGUAGCAGCGUUGCGCUCGGCGUAAUUCUGCAUUCAGGCAGCUGAAACAUCUUGAGUUUGAAGGUUGCACAAUGUCACUCCAUGUAUAGGUUGUCUAUGAUGAAAGCUUGGAGACAUCUAACUUCUCGUAGCACAUAGGAUUGUCUUUAAUAGACUCCAAAGUUUUGAACUUCAGAAAGUGUUUUUAGUGCUACAUUUCCUAUGUCAAAGUCUGUGGGCCUGUGUGAUGUUGUAGCAACGGCCAUUCUAGCCUUGGUCUAGACAUUUGUAUUUCUUACUCCUAUUUUAAGCGUCCGUUUUCGCAUGCAUAAACUGUUCUUAGUUGCUUCUGAACCGAGGAAGGUUUUGGUAGUCAAGUUUUUGUUGCUUUCAGGGCUUGAGGGAAAUUGCUCCCUAUUUUCUGUACAAUAGAAAAGUGAAUGAAACACCUAUUUUGUGCUA